GCUGCUUUUAUUUCUAUGCUCCGUCGAUCAACUAUUUUCCCCACAGUCUCUUGCCGAAAUUCAGUGGGUGUCUCUCUCCCUUUCUCCCUCCUCCUGCCUGCCUGUCUGCCUGUCUCUCUCUCCCGCAUGCCGUCUGUCUAGCUGGAAACCCAAGGAGAAGGCUGAUCACGGCAGCUCCAUCUAAUACAAACAGCUGGGACUCUUCGGUGGCCUUUGCUGAUGUCUAUUGAUUUAAGUAAAUCUGAGACAGAUAAAAGGGCCAGAUCGAGGCUGAUAAAAACUUGCCGAUGUUUCACGGCUCGAAGCAGUGUGUGCUCUGCAACUUUGGAGGGCUGCUAGCAAGACGGCUUUAAUGGGACCCCUGGUGUCAUUCGCUCCAAGCCUCCAUCUCCCCAGCAGACUAAGCGCUGCGGCCAUCAUGCCACAAUGGUUAUAAUUUGGAUCUUGUUCCUGAGUUUGUUGCAGGAGCCGUGGUCCCCGGGGCGGGCCGCGGGGGUGCCCGAGGCCACCGGAGCCUCCCUGAGCGACCCCCGUCCGCGGCGGGAUGCGGGGGGCCGAGGCGGCGUCUACGAGCACCUCGGGGGAGCGCCCAGGCGCAGGAAACUCUACUGUGCCACCAAGUACCAUCUCCAGAUCCACCCCAACGGCAAGAUCAACGGCACCCUGGAGAAAAACAGCGUCUUCAGUAUUCUUGAAAUAACUGCUGUUGAUGUUGGGAUCGUUGCCAUCAAGGGCUUGUUUUCCGGCAGAUACCUGGCCAUGAACAAAAGAGGCAGACUUUAUGCAUCAGAAAAUUAUAACUCAGAGUGUGAGUUUGUGGAGAGGAUCCACGAGCUGGGUUACAACACCUACGCGUCCCGUCUCUACAGGACUGUACCCAGCAGAGCCGGCAGCAAGCGCAAAGCCAGCGCAGAGAGACUCUGGUAUGUCUCAAUCAAUGGGAAAGGACGACCCAGAAGGGGCUUUAAAACUCGCAGGACACAGAAAUCUUCCCUCUUUCUGCCCAGAGUGUUGGAUAACAAAGACCAUGAGAUGGUCCGACUGUUCCACACCAACAUGAAAUACCGAGAGAGCCUCCUGAAGCCCCCAAGCAAGAACCAGAGAAGGAGGAGAGGACGCUGAUGAGGGUGGGGGAGCUUGGCUAGAGGAUGGAAAUGACUGAGAGUCUUCAAAAUGCUACUAAAAACACUAACAGCUGUGAUUGUAUGACAGGCAUUAACAGGGAGGUGUUUGAUACACUGUGUGAUAGAACUGGAAGUCACAUCACUUACUUUUAGCUAUUGUAGUAUUGUUAUCUGUGGUAAAAGAGGUGUGAGGUGAAAUAAGGCACGGUCAAAUGUAAAUUAGUUGGAUGUAAUAAUUCUGUCAAUGACUUUCACCUUUUCUUUUCUAAAAAAAAAUCCCAAACAAACCAACCACAAACCCCAAAGAGCUUUUUCAUUGCUAGCAUUUUCAUUGUCGCUUGCCAUGGGGUAU